AGGAUAAGGAUCAAGGCUGAUAUUUUUAUCCUCAGCCACGUGUUUUGCUAUUCAUCUUCAUUUUUUUUCCUCCCCUUUUCUCCCCCGACAAGCCCCCCAAGCCACCGACUCUCUCCCUCUUGAAAACCCGGUGAGAUCUUGAUGAAAUUUCUCUUCUUUUCUUGUUAAAUCACAAGAUUUGGGGCUUAGAAUCUUCCCUCUCAACCCAGAAAAUCUCGGUUCUGCUCUGUUCUUCUCCCCUGUCCGCCGGCUGCUAUAGGGGUGUGAAAUUUUGGAGCUUUUUCUGGUAAGAUCUAGCCAUGAAUCCCUCUCUUUAACCUUGAUUCAGGCUGGGUUUACCUUAAUUGCUUUUAUUUCCCUCAAUUUUGAGGUAGCCCGUGAGCCCCUCUACAGAAAUGCCGCCGGCUUCUUCUCCCUGCCAGCUCCGGUUUGCUUACUGGAAUUCUGGUAAGUUGCCGGCUCUUCUAAGUCCAAUUUAUCCAUGUAGUUGUUGCCUUGUGUUGAUUGGGUUUCUACUUUUGAAUUGCCCCUUUGCUGUCCGAAACUUGCUGGAAGUAGGGGAUGAGUUGGCAGCCAUUAAAUGCGUUUUGUUGUUUAAAUUAUGUGGAAAUUACUUGAAUUACCUGCUGUGAUGUUUUGUGUGAAAAUCUCGUGUGUGUGAAUUGUGAUUUGCCAAAGUUAUGCUCUCCCGAUGCUGCCGUGAAAAAUGGGAAAAUUUUGGUAGAUUAAGUUAUGUUUUCAAGCUUGGUUUAAGUGUAAAUUAGCUUGAAUUGGGUUGUGGUGAUUUUGGAGAAAAACCCCGUGAAUUAGCUAUGUUUUGCCAAUUUUGGGAGUUGAAGUUACGGGUACUGUUCAUAGGUACUGUUCAUAGGCACUGUUCACACACCGAGGGUCAACGAUUAACGGGGAUUUAAAUGAUUAGUUUGUGAUAUAAGAAUAAAUGUGGAGAUGUUCGGUUAUGUGGAGAUUGAUAGAAAUAGCACCGUGAUUAGGGGUAGUGCUAAUGAUGAUUUCACUGUGAAUUUGUGGUGGUGCGGUAUUAACUUUGGAAUAUUGUGAUUAGGUUUUGAUCGUUUUGCCACCGCAGCACUUGGGUUAGCCUUCUGUUCUGUGCAAGUGAGGAAGUGAAACCGAGGACGGGGAAACCACGGGAAGUGACGAGUUAGAAGGCUAGCCAUUUCGAGAUUGAUAUAGAUUUUAGAAAUAAAUCAUGUUUUGUAAGAUAGAUUUUACCUUGUGAUUUUAAGUUUAAGUCAUGUUGGACAUAGAAUUAUUGAAAUAUCUGAUUUUAAGUUAUUGGAUUGUUAGAUGUGAAUUGGAUAAGUUCC